GGGCAGCGUUGAGCACUGCGCACCGCGCAAUGGGGGCCGCCUCCGGCCACCUGGGGCCGGGGCCGCCGCUGCCGCUGCUACUGCUACUGCUGCUGCUGCUGCCGCCGCCGCCCGCCCUGGCGCUGGACCCCGGGCUACAGCCCGGCAACUUUCCCGCCGACGAGGCCGGGGCGCAGCAUUUUGCGCAGAGCUACAAUUCGAGCGCCGAGCAGGUGCUGUUCCAGAGAAUAGCUGCCAGCUGGGCGCACGACACCAACAUCACCGCGGAGAAUGCGCGGCGCCAGGAGGAAGCAGCCCUGCUCAGCCAGGAGUUUGCAGAGGCCUGGGGCCAGAAGGCCAAGGAGCUGUAUGAACCGAUCUGGCAGAACUUCACCGACCCGGAGUUGCGCAAGAUCAUCGGAGCUGUGCGCACCCUGGGCCCUGCCAACCUGCCCCUAGCUAAGCGGCAGCAGUACAACAUCCUGCUAAGCAACAUGAGCAGGACCUACUCGACUGCCAAGGUCUGCUUCCCCAACAAGACUGCCACCUGCUGGUCCCUGGACCCAGAACUCACCAACAUCCUGGCUUCCUCAAGAAGCUACGCUAUGCUCCUGUUUGCCUGGGAGGGCUGGCACAACGCCGCAGGAAUCCCACUGAAACCGCUGUAUGAGGAUUUCACUGCCCUCAGCAAUGAAGCCUACAAGCAGGAUGGCUUCUCAGACACGGGGGCCUACUGGCGCUCCUGGUACAACUCCCCCACUUUCGAGGACGAUCUGGAGCACCUCUACCAUCAGCUGGAGCCCCUCUACCUGAACCUCCAUGCCUUCGUCCGCCGCGCACUGCAUCGCCGAUACGGGGACAGAUACAUCAACCUCAGGGGACCCAUCCCUGCUCAUCUGCUGGGAGACAUGUGGGCCCAGAGCUGGGACAACAUCUACGACAUGGUGGUGCCUUUCCCAGACAAGCCCAACCUUGAUGUCACUAGUUCUAUGCUGCAGCAGGGCUGGAAUGCCACACACAUGUUCCGGGUGGCAGAGGAGUUCUUCGUCUCCCUGGGGCUCUCCCCCAUGCCUCCAGAGUUCUGGGCAGAGUCGAUGCUGGAGAAGCCGGCCGACGGGCGGGAGGUGGUGUGCCAUGCCUCAGCUUGGGAUUUCUACAAUCGGAAAGACUUCAGGAUCAAGCAGUGCACACGAGUCACGAUGGACCAGCUCUCCACUGUGCACCAUGAGAUGGGCCAUGUGCAGUACUACCUACAGUACAAGGACCAGCCCGUCUCCCUGCGCGAGGGCGCCAACCCCGGCUUCCAUGAGGCCAUCGGGGACGUGCUGGCGCUCUCCGUCUCCACUCCUGCACAUCUGUACAAAAUCGGCCUAUUGGAUCAUGUCACCAAUGACACGGAAAGUGACAUCAAUUACUUGCUAAAGAUGGCACUGGAAAAAAUUGCCUUCCUGCCCUUUGGCUACUUGGUGGACCAGUGGCGCUGGGGGGUCUUUAGUGGGCGUACCCCCCCUUCCCGCUACAACUACGACUGGUGGUACCUUCGAACCAAGUAUCAGGGGAUCUGUCCUCCUGUCACCCGAAAUGAAACCCACUUUGAUGCUGGAGCAAAAUUUCAUGUCCCAAAUGUGACACCAUACAUCAGGUACUUUGUGAGUUUUGUCCUGCAGUUCCAGUUCCAUCAAGCCCUGUGCCAGGAGGCAGGCUAUCAGGGUGCACUGCACCAGUGUGACAUCUACCAGUCCACCAAGGCAGGGGCCAAGCUCCGGAAGGUGCUGCAGGCUGGCUCCUCCAGGCCCUGGCAGGAAGUGCUGAAGGAGAUGGUCGGCUCAGAUGCCCUGGAUGCCCAGCCACUGCUCGACUACUUCCAGCCAGUUACCCAGUGGCUGCAGGAGCAGAACCAGAAGAACGGCGAGGUCCUGGGCUGGCCAGAGUACCAGUGGCGCCCACCGUUGCCUGACAACUACCCGGAGGGCAUUGACCUGGUGACCGAUGAGGCUGAGGCCAGGAAGUUUGUGGAGGAAUAUGACCGAACAUCCCAGGUGGUGUGGAACGAGUACGCUGAGGCCAACUGGAAUUACAACACCAACAUCACCAAAGAGACCAGCAGCAUUCUACUGCAGAAGAACAUGCAGAUAGCCAACUACACACUGCAGUACGGCACCCAGGCCAGGAGGUUUGAUGUGAGCCACUUCCAGAACACCACUAUCAAGCGGAUCCUCAAGAAGGUUCAGGACCUAGAACGGGCAGCGCUGCCUGCCCAGGAGCUGGAGGAGUACAACAAGAUCCUGUUGGACAUGGAAACCACCUACAGCGUGGCCACUGUGUGCCACACAAAUGGCAGCUGCCUGCAGCUCGAGCCAGAUCUGACGAACGUGAUGGCCACAUCCCGGAAAUACGAAGAACUGUUAUGGGCAUGGAAGGGCUGGCGAGACAAGACGGGGAGAACCAUCCUCCAGUUUUACCCAAAAUACGUGGAAUUCAUCAACAAGGCAGCCCGGCUCAACGGCUAUGUAGAUGCAGGGGACUCCUGGAGGUCUAUGUACGAGACGCCAUCCCUGGAGCAAGACCUGGAGCGGCUCUUCCAGGAGCUGCAGCCGCUCUACCUGAACCUGCACGCCUACGUGCGCCGGGCCCUGCACCGCCACUACGGAGCCCAGCACAUCAACCUGGAGGGCCCCAUCCCUGCUCACCUGCUGGGGAACAUGUGGGCACAGACCUGGUCCAACAUCUAUGACUUGGUGGCGCCCUUCCCUUCAGCCACCUUGAUGGACACCACAGAGGCCAUGCUAAAGCAGGGCUGGACGCCCAGGAGGAUGUUUAAGGAGGCUGAUGAUUUCUUCACCUCCCUGGGGCUGCUGCCCGUGCCUCCUGAGUUCUGGAACAAGUCGAUGCUGGAAAAGCCGACCGACGGGCGGGAGGUGGUCUGCCACGCCUCGGCCUGGGACUUCUACAAUGGCAAGGACUUCCGGAUCAAGCAGUGCACCACUGUGAACUUGGAGGACCUGGUGGUGGCCCACCACGAAAUGGGCCACAUCCAGUAUUUCAUGCAGUACAAAGACUUGCCCGUGGCCUUGAGGGACGGUGCCAACCCCGGCUUCCAUGAGGCCAUUGGGGACGUGCUAGCCCUCUCAGUAUCUACACCCAAGCACCUGCACAGUCUCAACCUGCUGAGCAGCGAGGGUGACAGCUUUGAGCACAACAUCAACUUUCUGAUGAAGAUGGCACUGGAAAAGAUUGCCUUCAUCCCCUUCAGCUAUCUCGUGGAUCAGUGGCGCUGGAGGGUAUUUGAUGGAAGCAUCACCAAGGAGAACUACAACCAGGAGUGGUGGAGCCUCAGGCUGAAGUACCAGGGCCUUUGUCCCCCGGUGCCCAGGACUCAAGAUGACUUUGAUCCAGGGGCCAAGUUCCACAUUCCUUCUAGUGUGCCUUACAUCAGGUACUUCGUCAGCUUCAUCAUCCAGUUCCAGUUCCACGAGGCCCUGUGCCAGGUGGCUGGCCACACGGGCCCCCUGCACAAGUGUGACAUCUACCAGUCCAAGGAAGCCGGGCAGCGCCUGGCGGCCGCCAUGAAGCUGGGCUUCAGUCAGCCGUGGCCGGAAGCCAUGCAGCUGAUCACGGGCCAGCCCAACAUGAGCGCCUCGGCCAUGCUGAGAUACUUCAAGCCGCUGCUGGACUGGCUCCGUGCGGAGAACGAGCUGCACGGGGAGAAGCUGGGCUGGCCGCAGUACAACUGGACACCCAACUCCGCUCGCUCAGAAGGGCCCCUCCCAGCCAGCGGCCGCGUCAGCUUCCUGGGCCUGGACCUGGAGCCACAGCAGGCCCGCGUGGGCCAGUGGCUGCUGCUCUUCCUGGGCGUCGCCUUGCUGGUGGCCACCCUGGGCCUCAGCCAGCGGCUCUUCAGCAUCCGCCACCACAGCCUCCGCCAGCCCCACCACGGGCCCCAGUUUGGCUCUGAGGUGGAGCUGAGACACUCCUGAGGUGACCCGGCUGGGUGGGCCCUGCCCAAGGGCCUCCCACCAGAGACUGGGAUGGGAACACAGGCGGGGGACUGAGGACGCUCCCCAGCCUGCCCUGCUCCUCCCACCCUGUCCCUCUCCCCAUCCUGUCCUCAUCCUCUAGACCACCAGCCGCCCCAACCCUUGCCUCCUUCUCCUGGCCAUGGAGCCCCACCUCUCCAAGUCUCUCUGUAAAUAUAAUUAAAGGUCCUGCCCUCCCA